CCACAAAAGGAAUCGUUGGAUUUAUCAAUGUCAAGAAUAACUGAGGAACGGAUUAAACCAUCAGCUCCAUCAGCGCCUCAUGUGAGAGGGGAACAAAUAGAAUUCAACGAAAUUGAUCAGAAUGACGUAAGCUCGUUGAACGCACCAAUUCAAGAAGAAAUAUGCCGAAGAAAAUCUGGCAUGCGAGGUAUCAAAAAUGAAACGUCCAACGAGAGACAUCAAAAUGAAACGUCCAACGAGAGAUAUCAAAAUGAAACGUCCAACGAGAAAUAUCAAAAUGAAACGUCCAACAUCCAAACAAUCGAAAGGAAACAGUCCAAAGGAAACAAAGGUAACAUCAAAAGGAAACAUCCAGAGCGUUCGACUCAUAUAGGUGAGAAGCGGUUCAAAUGCGAAACAUGCCUGAAGAGGUUCACUGCAUCAUCGGGUUUAUGUAAACAUAAGAGGACUCAUACCGGUAAGAAACCGUACAGUUGUUCGAUAUGUGGGAUGAAUUUCACCGUUUCAUCAAAUCGGCGUAGACAUAUGAUGACCACUCAUACUGGUGAAAAACUGUACAAUUGUUCUGUGUGCAAUAAAAAAUUCUCUCGAUCAUGUAGUAUGAAACUUCACAUGAAGAUUCAUGACAAUGAUAGGCGUAGAUUCAACUGCCAUGUAUGCAGCAAGGCUUUUGUGACGAAAUCCUAUUGGAAAAAACACAUGGAGAAUUGCACCUUGAAUGAACUGAUAGGCGGAUUUUGA